AGACUGACUCGUUCAGACAGUAAUGAAUGUGAUACAGAACCCGAGGACAAUCAGACAUCAUAUCUCACUCCACUCGCACCUAGGCAGAUACUUCGAAACCAGGCAAUGAGGCACAUCACUCCAAUCUUCCAGGCUGCACAGCAAGUUCUGGUGUUAGAUUGGGAGCUUGGGCAACUAGAUCAUCCUUCGAAUGACCUUGUGUCGGCGAUGAUUUUAGGAGGCAAGUGGUCUCAUCGCGCUUGGACCUUUCAAGAAGGCUCUUCGGCUCAGGCUUGUCGUUUUAAGCUCGGUGGUGGCGCGCCCGCUUUUCUUCGAGACAUGGGAUCACGUGAUCCAAGGCUGUGGGAUGCUAGAAUUUUCGACGACGGGGAACCUCUGCGAUCAAGUCUGAGUACUGAACUCAAGAGGGCUUCUCGUAAUCUCUUGCGUAUUAAACAGCCAAUAACACCCAUCGAAAGUCAGAUUAGCCAAUUCUGGGUACCACUGAAGUCUAAGCUUGUGGACCAAUUAAACGAGAACCGCAAAAACCUGACAAGCGAUGGAUGGUUUGUCACGGUCACUUCAAAGGAGAGAGACUAUCAUCUAAGACGUUUGGAGACGCUCGUUCAUGUAUGGAACGAUCUGAGGGGACGUAACGCCACUAGACCGACCGAUGCGUUUAUCAUCUUCGCAAAUCUCCUUGACUUCGAUGCAACAGCUUUGAACAAGUUAGAAAGCCGCUGGAAACUACCUGCCAUUCUGAAGAGCUGCAAGAUAGUUCCGUUGUCACUUAUGUUCAACACACAGACAGCGAUAUACAAGUACAGUCAUAUUUCGCAGCGAACAGAAAUCGAUGGCCAAGCACACGAUACCGAGGAUAACAUCAUCAGCAACAUAUGGCCACGGCAUUCAUUAUGGAUACCAUCAGAAAUCAGAGGUGAUUCAUUGCGUGGUGGCAGCGCCCUUGAAGUAGUUGAAGAAGAAGCGACAGCAACACUCGCAACUUCUUGCUGGUCACAUCUGACUAUCUGGGUGGAGAAGUGGGAGUAUCGGCACCUCGCUCUGACCUCUGAGAACCCCAAUUAUGGCGAGUUCAAUUCAAGAACGCUGAAUAAAUUACAUUUAAGCGGUGAAGGGGUAGACAACAUGUUUGUCAUUGAGUGUUUCCUGCCACAUCGUAGGUUAAAACGGAGUACUUGGCUGAAAGAGCAAUUUAAUGAACCUCCGCGACCCGCGUUCGGACCGCGAAUCACCGAAGCUGAUCGUUCAAGGCUAUAUCAGAAAUGCAAACGCGAGUUCAACAAAGGCCAGAAGGUUUUAUACAUUCUGGAUAUGAGCUACGGAAUGGACACCAUAAUUGGGUACCGCGGCCGGGGUGCUCGCUUCAGUGUGCUCGAGGAUGAUGGCACAAACAUUCGCGUUGAGUAUGAUUGUCCUGUGAAGAUCUGGACUCUCUGGCAGUGGGAUUAUCACCAUGCACGCAAAGACACAGCCGAUACGCCUAGUAAUAUGGUGGAAAUCAAAGCCGAGAAGUUCUAUAGCCAAAAGGAGAAACGGGAGAUUUACGUCAAGAACGAUGAUCGUCCUCACACCAAACUCACGUCAAUAGAGCUUCGCAAAGCUCACCUUGUUACCCCGUUCACGGCUUGCUUAUACGUGGGAUUCAUUACUGCUGGUAUCUCUGUCUGUUGUGCAGAAAGUGCGCUCUCCCAACUAUGCCGUGGGCAUGACAUAAACACCUGUUUUGUCAUCCCUAUAGGACCGUCUUUCGUAGUAGGAUACGUUGUAGGUGUCCUUUUGGCUCUUGUCAGCUACAAAGGGUAUUACCGGUGGCGAACACGGAUUUGGCUGCGUAAUUAUGGCUUGUAG